AUGAAGGUAAAAAGGGUCAAACGUGCCAAUCGCAUCUUGACCUUCUUCAAAUACAGCUAUAAAAUUGUACCUCCAUUCAGAGUUUUAGUAGAUGGAACAUUUUGUAAUGCUGCACUUGCGAACAAAAUUAACCUACGUGAGCAGUUGCCGAAAUACUUGAACGGGGAUGUCGAGGUUGUCACUACUAAAUGUGUAUUAGCUGAACUCGAGAAUUUGGGGUCUCCGGUCUAUGGAGCCCUCUUGAUAUGUCGCCAGUUCACAGUAGAUAUGUGCCCCCAUACGCCUCAUCGUUCUCCAACAGAAUGUCUGGCGCACCUCGCUCGUCGCGCUACCACUGGACAUACGAAGUACAUAAUCGCUACCAAUGACGAUUUGCUGUCGGAGAAGUUGCGCUCCAUUGCAGGCACACCCAUUCUGUAUAUCAAAUACAACGCAAUACUUUUAGACCGAGUAUCUGAGAAAUCGAAAACCACUGCGGAAACCUCCAAAAGCGAGAUCGAAAGGGUGAAAGAAAUGAAAGCGGCAGUGCUUGGAGAUGUAGAGAAGAAGAAAAAGAAACGGAAAAUUAAGGGUGCAAAUCCAUUAUCUUGUAAAAAGAAAAAAGUUGAUCACAGUAGUGAACAGCUUCCCAGAACGGCUAGCGGCAAGAGAAAGCGAUCGAAGCGAAAAGCAGCUUUGAUGAACGUCACCUCCAUUUGCCCGCGUUCGCAAUUGGUAGGAUCAGUGUUGGCUCCAUGCUCUUCAAUACUGCUUCUCCCAGCUACGGAGGACUAUCCUACUCAAGUCGUAGCUGGAGGAACUAAUGGAGAGGUUUACUUCAUGUGCGAUGGUGGCACCGAUGUAGUGAGAAUGCAUCCGAGAACUAAUUCUCCAGUCACAGCCUUAGCUAGUGGCAACUUGAGAGGGAAAACGAGGCCUGAGCUGAUCGCUAUAUCGGCGGAUGGUUUUUUACAAUGUGUCAUUCCCCCCUACACACUUAGCACCAAUAAUUACUCACAAACUAUCCAGUCAAAUAUAGCAGCCGCAUAUGUGAUGGAUGUAGACGGUGAUGGACAAGAAGAACUUGUAGUAGUGAUGACUGAUCGAGUAGUGCGAUCAUUUCGAUGGAACUCCGAAGACUCUCGCUUGCAUCCCAUCAACAAAUGGGAAGUACCUAGCCAAGUUUCGGCUUUUUCUAUAGGCGAAUCCGUGAGUUCAUUACGGGGUGCGGAAGCAUGGUUAUCACAAGUAGCCUCUCGAUUUUAUGUUUGUGUACCGUUCUCCGGAGAACAGCCAACGGUUGUAUAUCCACAGAAUAAGGAGUUUGGCUCAGACGUUAUGCUGAUUCCUUUCCGUUCACAUUUCAUUCAUAUAAUGGGAACAAUAAUAUCCAACAUAGUCAUCGUAGCGAAUCAGAAGGAGCUCGUACUUGCAAAUCCUGGAUGGGGAGUAACAGCAGCAGCUGCCGUUCGGGACAAAGCUUUCAACUGUAUCGUGACUCUUGAUGUAACCGGAAUGGUGCUUGUCUAUGGCUACAAUCAAGACAGCAUUUCGAAAGCCGAAUUAACCCCUCUUCUAUGCUUCAAAACAUUUUCGCAUGCCACUUACCUGACGCUCACAUCAUCCAACGAAAAGUUAUUGAUAGCUGUUAUGGGUGUUGUGGGAAACGUAGUGCUGUAUGAAAUACUCAUGAGGACGAUAGUAGCCGAGCUCGGUGAAUCCUGA